AUGUCGUACGCGGUUGAGACGAAGAAGCGCAAGUUCGAUCGCAUUCUCGAGGCUCUGACCGACCGUGCUCCCUCACCGGCUCGAAGUUCGCUCAACUCGCGGCACAAUGCAUCGUCUACCUCCCUUUCUCAAGAUGCGGCUUCGGACUCUUCCAAGCGCCGCCGCAUCGCGCCGUCUUCAAGCACUACUCUCCCGACAGCCUCAACCACAGCCCUCGCCGGACACUACCUGCCCUCAAGCCGAACGGCCUUUCUACAACGGCUGGAAACGUUUCGACACGUCACGCAAUGGCAUGUCCCCUCGACCGACCCGAUCAACGCUGCCGCUUGGGCAAAACGCGGAUGGAUAUGCGUGGACACGGAUACAGUGUAUUGUGGUGCCUGCAAGGAGCGACUCCACAUUGAUCUGAAUGUGGACAACAACAUGCUGCAAAGCGAGGACAAGGAGGGCGAUGACGACCGGGAUGUGACUGGGGCAGAUGAUAGCUUUGCGGUUGCCACUGAUGUAUACAACAAUGUGGUCCGGCGCUAUCAGGAUCUCAUUGUGACUGCGCACGCGGAAGGCUGCCUUUGGCGCAAACGAGGGUGUGAUUCAUCUAUCCAACGCAUCGAGGGGCUGCUAAAUACCCAUCUGGCCCUCUCAGGCUUGAAGACCCGCUACGACAGUAUCAUGGCACGUGCAGAAGAAGUCCCAGAGGUGGCUCCCUUGCCCGCUACCGCUGUGACAGAAUCUCAAGAUUUAGAACAGUUUCGGUUUGGCGACGAAGAGAAACCUAACAUCAACGCCCUGCGAAUGGCGGUCUGUGGAUGGGAGAGGAAAACCGAAGAUGUGAUUGAAUGCCGGCAUUGUUUUCGAUCUUUGGGGCUGUGGUUAUAUCGGGGCGACUCACCUGCCAUCGAGAACCUGGAUAGUGUCGAAGAUCAUCUGGAAUACUGUCCGUGGCGAUCCGCCGAUGCUCAGGAUACAGAGCGUGUGGUCGGGACCAGGGAAGGGCAUGAGCCGGGGCUGGAGCUGAAAAAGGAGCGAGUGUCUGGAUGGAUGUUGGUGUACCAAGCAGUGGUCAAGGACAACGUCAAGAGAAGAAGCUCGACGCCCGCAGCAGCCAAGUCGGGGGCUGAUUCGGAGUCCGGGUCGGGCUCGGGGAGAGGUGAGUCAAUGUUGCCGGAGCAACGAGAAAAGAAAAUGAGGGAACUGUUGCGCAGGAUCAAAGAGAUCAAAAAGCCAUUCAAUGUCAAGGCAUUACUGAGGCGGAAAGACAAGGGCAAGAGUUGA